CAAUGGUCUUUGUGUUUUGGAUUGGUAUGUUGAUGAUUGCCUUACGAAAGUUGAGAUCCCAUUCAAAGAUGCCAAUGAUUAUUUGAAAGACUGCUUUAAUCCGACAGGAAUUGGAUUGGUGGCCUUCGAAUCCAAACCUAUUGCUUUCAGUGGUUCACCUGUUGUUUCCCUUUGCUGUGUAAAAGGUAAUGUUGACUGUUGAGAGUCCUUUAAACUAAAGCUUUGGCAUGUUUUUACCCUAAGGUUGACAAGAAAGCCUUAUAGCAACUUCGUUUCUCUUGUUCACUUUUUUGAUGCUUUUAAAGCUUGUUAUAGUAUUUAGAUAUAUCUUCAAAUGAGAAUUGUUGACUUAAGACGUCAUUAUCUGCUGAUUCAUGGUCUAAAUCAAUUGAUAUCCCUCUUUUUAUGUCAAUGCUAGAAGGUGUGAAACCAUAAGAGGCAAGUGAAUCGAACUGACUCGAUUCCUUCUUGGUUCAAUCUUCUUAGAUUCUAUUUUUUGCAGCUUGCAUACUCACGAGACUCAGCUACUGUGUCAAGUAACAUGAACCUUAGACAGUUACGGUUACUGAGGAGUGAAGACCCUAAAGAUACAAAAUUGAAAUUGGCUGUGAAACAUAUCCAUCAUUUUAUACGAACAAGUACCGUUAAUCCAUUUGUCAACGGUCAAAAACGGAACGUUCUCUCGCCAGACGUGGCGUCCUCAAUUUGUAAAUCUGUUUUUCUUUCUUGGUAGAGAAAAAUAACACAAGCUUGAUGACUUUCUCUGUGUCUUCCUUCAACCAUGUUUUAGGCUUUCGAUUGAUCCAACUUCUCCUCAUUUUGGAAUUUUCUGAUCACCGAUGCAGUUUUGAUUUUUCGCCAUGUACACAUACUCUUCUUCUGGCAUGCAAUUUGCUUCUUCCCUGUCGAGAAUCUCCUCUGUCUCGACACCAACCUUGUCUGCACCGCGUCUUAGUAACUCAAACCUAUCUGUGAAGUUCUUGUUGGCUUUCCGCUUGUUUCGAGUGUGCUCCGCUGCCACGCGGUGGAGUCACGGCGCUAACUGGCGGUUGCCUGCGAGCCUCCAGGCUCAAACCAGGAUUGCUGCUCCGAGAUUAAAGAAAUUUGAACGGAAAUUCGCUAGCAUUGCUUCUGAACAUGCCUACAAGGAUAUCUUAACAACGCUUCACAAGCCUGAUGGUGGAGAAUACGGAAAGUUCUACUCUUUACCAGCUUUAAAUGAUCCAAGAAUCGACAGGUUACCAUACUCUGUCCGGAUACUACUGGAAUCAGCUAUUCGUAAUUGUGACAGCUUUCACAUCACAAAGGAUGAUGUUGAGAAAAUAAUGGAUUGGGAGAAUACAUCUGUUAAUAAAUCUGAGAUCCCCUUCAAACCUGCCCGUGUUAUUCUACAGGACUUUACAGGAGUACCAGUUAUAGUUGAUCUUGCUGCUAUGAGAAAUGCCAUAAAAAAUCUUGGUAGUGAUCCUAACAAGAUUAAUCCACGGGUUCCUGUUGAUAUUGUGUUUGAUCACUCAGUCCAAGUUCAUGGUGCAAGACAAGAAAGAGACCUGCGGAAAGGUAUGCAGCUUGAAUCUGACAGGAAUGCCGAAAGGUUUAUGUUCCUUAAGUGGGGAUCAUCAGCCUUUUACAACAUGGCGAUGGCUUCUCCCGGGUCUGGUAUGGUUCAUCAGGUAGACUUAGAGUACCUUGGACGUGUUGUUUUCAACUCGGAUGGAUUUCUCUACCCUGACAGUGUUGUUGGUACAUAUUUCAACACAACAAUGAUUGGUGGGUUAGGAGUUGCUGGGUUGGAAGUAGGAAGAAUUGAGGUAGAAGCAGCAAUACUUGGUCAGCCCAUUAGCGUGGUGCUACCUAGUGUGAUUGGAUUUAAGCUGGCUGGAAGGUUGCGGGUUGGGGUUACUAUUACUGAUUUGGUUCCAACCGUGACUAAAAUGUUAAGGAAGCAUGGUGUUUUUGGCAAUAUUGUUGAGUUUUAUGGAGAGGGGAUGAGUAGGCUGUCAUUGAAUGAUAGAGCCGCGAUUGCAAACAUGUCCGCGGAAUAUGAGGCAACAAUGAGUUUCUUCCCUGUUGACCAUAUUACACUGGGGUACCUCAUAUUGAAGGGAAGGAGCAAUGAAACUGUGACAAUGAUUGAAUCAUACUUGCGCGCAAACAAGAUGUUUGUUGACUACAAUGAGCCCCAUGAAGAAAGAGCAUAUACAUCCUCUCUGCAUUUAGAUUUGGGAGAUGUUGAACCAUGUAUUUCUGGUCCAAAACGGCCUUGCGACCAAAUUUUCUUGAGGGGCAUGAAGGUUGACUGGAAAGCAUGCCUUGACAAUCCUCUUGGAAUAAAGGGGUUUGCAGUCCCAAAAGAACAACAAGACAUAAUUGUGAAGUUCUCAUAUCACGGACAACCUGCUGAGCUUAAACAUGGUAGUGUUGUUGUUGCGACCAUUACAAGUGAUUGUGCCAUAUCAAGCCCUAAUGACAUGGUCGGUGCUGCACUUGUCGCUAAAAAGGCUUAUGACCUUGGCCUAAAAGUAAAACCAUGGAUUAGGACAACUGUAACUUCUGUUUCUGGAUUAGUCGAGGAAUGCUUGCUUCAAAGUGGGCUUAAAAAGUACUUAGCGAAACAAGGAUUCAACGUUGUCGGCUAUGGCGUCUGUACAAGCAUUUGGGGUUCUGAUGACUUACUUGAUGAGCCAAUUGGAUCUGCUAUUUCAGAAAAUGAUAUAAUUGCGGCUGCUGUGCUCUCUAGCAGAAGCCUUUAUCGUCGUAAUCCAUUUGCUAGAGCGAAAUAUCUUACUUCACCACAACUAGUUGUUGCUUACGCUCUUUCUGGAACGGUUGACAUUGACUUUGAGAAAGAGCCAAUGGGAACAAACAACGAUGGACAAAAUGUAUACUUAAGGGACAUAUGGCCAAGCAAUGAAGAAGUUACUCAGGCUUUUCAAAAUAGGGAGUUACAAAGCAUGUUCAGGAGCACUUAUGAGACAAUGACAAAGAGAAAUUCUGUGUCACUAAGCUCAGCACUCUAUUCGUGGGAUCCGAACUCAACAUACAUUCAUGAACCUCCUUUUUUCAAGAACCUAACCACAAAGCCACCUGGUCCACGUGAAGUGAAGGAUGCUUAUUGCUUAAUGAACUUUGGAGACAACAUAACCACAGACCACAUUUCCUCAGCAGGAACUAUCCACGAGGGUAGUCCUGCUGCAAAAUUUCUUAUAGACCGGUAUUCCAUGAGUAAGUAUGAUUUCAAGUCAUAUGGAAGUCGUCGAGGAAACCAUGAAGUGAUGACACGCGGCACCUUUUCCAGUACGCGUAUUGUUAACAAGCUCUUAAAUGGAGAAGUUGGCACCAAGACAAUUCACAUUCCUACCGGAGAGAAACUUAGCGUUUAUGAUGCAGCAAGUAGAUACAAAACCGCUGGACAAGACACGAUCAUACUAGCUGGUGCAGAGUAUGGAAUUGGUAGCUCCCGGGAUUGGGCUGCAAAGGGUCCAAUGCUUCUGGGAGUGAAAGCUAUCAUUGCCAAGAGCUUUAACAGAGUCCACCGCAGUAACUUGGUUAGUAUAGGCAUCGUUCCUCUGUGUUUCAAGUCCGGUGAGGAUGCAGAAACACUAGAACUGACUGGCCAUGAACGCUACACAAUCCACCUUCCAAGCAAUGUCAAUGAGAUGAAAACAGGCCAGGACAUAACUGUCACCACUGACACUGCUAAAUUUUUUAUCUGCACUUUGCGGUUAGACACAGAGGUGGAACUGGCAUACCAUAAUCAUGGCGGCAUGCUUUCGUAUAUCAUUAGAAGUUUGAGCAAUGAGUGAGUGGUUUGAUUCGUCGGCUCUCUCCACUAUAUGUCAAAACGUUUUCAACUCCGAGUAUCAAUUUGCAAUAAUACGGUCUCUUCUUUAGUCAGACAACCACAGAUAUCGAAUAAAUACGAAGUCAUAUUUAUGAAGCUAUUGACUUUUUCGAGAUUCUUCGAGCAAGUGUUGGAAACGUUUGGACCCCACUUGUGGUUCUUAUUGUUUUUGUUUUGUCUUUUUUCAAUAAAUGAUUCUUAAUGGGCCUACACGGAUUCGAGAGUUGCGCGUACAAUGGACGCAAAUGAGAAAGUGAAUUAUUCUCUGCUUCUCAAAACAAUUAUUCAAAACCCCCACUUGGGUCGCUAAUUCGUAGUUAUCCAUACACGUGUCUAUUAAAAUUACAGAUCUACGGCUAAGAUUAGACCGCCAUAAAAAAGGAAAAGGUUAAAAAAAAAAAAAAGGCUUAUAAAUACAAAACCUUCCUUUAAGCUUUCUUCUUCAUCAAUUUGGAAAAAACCCAAAUCUCCCAAAAGACUCAAUCGUCUUCUUCGUCCCCAACAACAACCACCUUCA